AUGAGAAACGAGAAUGGUUUGACCAUAUUUGGAAUGCCUCUACCUUAUACUAUUAUUUCGUCAAGUUCAAAAGACGACGAUGAGCCGAUUAGCGGAGGCAAUGUGAAUUGGAUCAGCGCCAGGAAUCACUCAUUCCCGCAAUCGAUCAUUUUGGAACUCGACGAAGAAAGUCUUGUGAACGGAAUUCGAGUAACUGUGCAUAAAGACUUUCCGCCAUCAUCAAUGACGAUCUCGUUGGGAGUUGCGUCGAAUGUUUUUCGAAAUUCUCGUCCCAAAUCAUACGAUGCCGAUUAUUCAAAUCGUCAAGAGAUUUCGUAUCGCGACUUUCAAUCAAGUGAUUCUUCUUCGCAUCCGUCGACUACUGUCUAUUUCCAAUCGCCGGCAAAGUUCAUUCGAAUAUCAGUUCACGGAUUCAUCGAUUCACCUCAUAAUCAAUUCCGUCAAGUCUCGAUUCUUUCGAUCGAAAUCAGUGGAGCAGGAGAAAUUCUCGGCGUUGAUUCGUUGAAGGACGAGGUCGAGAUGAGUUACGUCGAACUUGACAAAGGCGUUCUGCUGCCGCUCAAAACACCUCAGAAUAUGCAACAAAAAAAGGUUGUUCGACUAUACGAGAGCGAUUCAGAAGACGAAGAGAUUCUAUUCUCGAAGGAAAUGCUCAAACGAUUGAAAAAGAGAGAAGAGAUUCUGAAGAAUCCGACGCUGCCCGAUGUUUCGGACGCUUCAAGCGAGCAAGGCUCAUCGUCGAAGAAUCCGUCGAGUUUGUCUCCGCCGCUCUCGGAUAGAACUAAGAAGAUGGUGUUGGACGAUAUUGAAGAGAAGCAUGUUGAACGUCGCAAAACGGGAAGACAAAUCUACUUUGGGAGGAGAAUGAACGAAUUUCAUAAUAUUGUGAGGGUCUUGGAACGAAAGAAAGAAGAAGCGAUUUGGGAUGAAAGGUACGCCGAAGCAGCCGCGAUUGAGAAAAACCUGAAAGAUCUGAAUUCUCGAGAAAGUGGCCUUCGUCAAUUAUUGGAAGAACGAGAGAUUGCCCUAAAAAAUGACGAUUUGAUUGAAGCGCAGAGGGCGAAAGAUCGAUUUGAUAAAAAUCUAGGGGAUGCUUUGAAUCUUCCGACAUUUCGCGGCCUCGUUUCCGCUCAACAAUCAUUCCAUUCUCGUCGUAUUGGCACCGAAGGACAGGUUCUCAGUCGAAUUCUCUCCGAAUAUGAUUCUAACACCAGACCCCCAAUUAGAGAUCAUGCUUCGAACUCGGCGAUUCUUGUGAUGACCAAUGUUCACAUAAAUCGUGUCAAUUGGAAAAAACAUUCAGCGGAAGUCGAUUUGUACCUUCGCCAACAAUGGCAAGACAAUCGACUCAAAUAUGACGUCAAGACAAGAGAGGGAAUUCAGGAGGUCCGUUUGCCAGCGAAUCGCAAAAUCUGGGAGCCGGACACUUAUUUUUCAUCUGGCCGCGAACUCGAACGCGACGGCGGAAAAUACUCGAAGAAUAUUAUUAUUGAGCCAUCUGGAUAUGUUCGAUCUUCCGAACGUGUCGUCCUCGAGAUUCCCUAUGUCAACGGCGCUUCUUUCCCGUAUACCAAUUCGAAACAAUUCACCAUUCGAUUGGGAAGCUACAAUUAUCCGGUUGAUGAUGUCGUCUACCUCUGGGCCAAUUCUCCACCACUUCUCAAUCCUGUCGAAGUGAGCAGCGAUUUGCUCCGCGGUGAUUAUGUGUUCGAAGAGGCAAAUGCCGGAGACUGCGUUGGAAACUACACUAUCGGUGUCUAUUCCUGCAUUGAUGCCAAUGUGACGUUCUCAACCUGCUUCCUCGGAUCGCUGAUGUCGUGGUUCCUUCCAUCCUUGCUCUUGCUCAUCGCCUCCUGGCUUCAUUUCUGGAUCCACGGAAGCUGGUCCGUUCCAAGAACCGCCUCAGCCGCCAUCCCAUUUUUGAUCUUCGCUGCCUAUUUCUUGUUCUGCGGAAUCGAUUCCCAUACACAAUCGACAUGGUUCGCCUUCUGCCAGUUAAUGACUUUCUUCUCAUUGAUCGAAUACUUCUUUGUGAUUUGCUGCGGAAUCCGUAGAUCAAUUCGCUACAAGACUUUGGAUCAUGCUGAGGACCAUCCAAUGGGAGCUGCCAAAGAGACAGUCGAAGUUGCUUACAAUCAAGGCUGUUCGGCAUUCCGCAACAACAACGGAAUCGACGUCAUCGCACGUGUUCUUUUCCCAAUCAUCACGCUCAUCUUUCUUAUCGUUUAUUUCAUUUUCCUUGCUUAA